UGCAAGGCUGAACUAUUGCCUCUGUGCAAAGCAAAUACCAGGCUAGUCAGAACAAAAUUCUUUGGAAUAUUUGUUCAGUGAAUCAAGGGCAGCAGAGGGCUAAGGGACGUGCACUCCUCAUUGAAGCCUCUCCCCCUUUUCAUUUGUAUAAAUGUGAGUUGUAGAUUCUUCACAGACUCAUUUUCCUUGGCUGUCACAUCUGUUUCUCACGGGGAAGAGUCUGUUGGCUGCAUACAGAAGAGACAGGAUGAAAUUCCUCCUCAGUCUCAGUGUGUUAUGUAUCACAUUGGCUUUAUGCCAGGCUGCCUGUUUUAUUAAGCUACCCAAAGCAGAGAUGAGAAAUGGUGUGUUGGUGCCUCAGACCCUCUGUACUGAUCCUUAUGAUGGGACCCAGCAUCUACUUGGCUCAAAGUGGAACACAGCUCAUUGCUUGGAAUGCAGUUGUCAUAGUGGAGAGAUGACAUGCUGCCACAGAUAUGGAGGCAUUGCAAUAGCUCCAAACGGCUGUGACGCUCGUGUUAAUCCUGAUACGUGCCAGUACGAGAUGUACCGCAUUGACAACCCUUCAGAGCCUUGUUAGUGAGUCUCAGCCACCAAUUCUCUUCAUGCUAGAGAGCUGAAAUAAACCAGGAAAUCAAG